CACUGGGCACCUGGCUGUCAGCCGGCUCAGCAGUCUCUUAGUCAUCUCCUGUACUGUCUGCAGUCUCUGGUCAUCUCCUGUACUGUCCGCAGUCUCUGGUCAUCCCCUGUACUGUCCGCAGUCUCUGGUCAUCUCCUGUACUGUCCGCAGUCUCUGGUCAUCCUCUGUACUGUCCGCAGUCUCUGGUCAUCCCCUCUACUGUCUGCAGUCUCUGGUCAUCCCCUGUACUGUCUGCAGUCUCUGGUCAUCCCCUGUACUGUCCGCAGUCUCUGGUCAUCUCCUGUACUGUCCGCAGUAUCUGGUCAUCUCCUGCACUGUCCGCAGUCUCUGGUCAUCCCCUGCACUGUCCGCAGUCUCUUGGUCAUCUCCUGCACUGUCCGCAGUCUCUGGUCAUCCCCUGCACUGUCCGCAGUC